CAGUGGUUACAGGCCGACAUGUUGGAGACGUUUCUUCAGUGAUCGUGCGCGGUGAGUCUGACGCGUGAUUUUUCAUGCGUUUUUCAGUGCGUGUUCGUUCGAUAACAAGAAGUGUUUUUGAAUCGCGACGCUACAUGUGAAGUGUCGAGUGAGGGAAUUCUGCUUGUGCCUGGUUUACCCGGCCCAGCAAACAUGAGCUGGGGUACAGAACUCUGGGACCAGUUCGAGAAUCUGUCCCUGCACACGCAAAAAGGGAUAGAAUUCCUCGAAAGGUAUGGCCACUUCAUUCGUGAUCGAUGCGCUAUCGAAGUGGAAUACGCUGCAAAACUCAGACGUCUUGUGAAGAGCUAUCAACCUAAGAAGAAAGAGGAGGAGGAUUAUCAGUACAGUCCUUGUCGAGCGUUCAAGAUGGAGCUGAACGAGGUGAACGAUCAGGCGGGACAGAGGGAAGUGAUCGCGGAGAAUCUGCAAGCGAAUGUAUUGAGAGAGUUAAAUAUACUUGUGAAAGACUUCAAAGAGGAUCGCAAGAAGCAUCUUCAGGAAGGUGCCAGAUUGAUGGCGACCUUGACGGGUCAGAUUGGGAAUCUGGAACGAGCUAGGAAGGCGUACGAGAAAGCUUUCCGUGAGGCGGAAAGAGCGGUCGAGAAUUAUCAGAGGGCAGAUGCUGAUCUGCACCUAUCACGGGCGGAAGUGGAGAAGCAGAGGAUGAACAUGACUUUAAAGACUCAGCAAAGUGAAGAGGCCAAGACCGAGUACGCGAACCAGUUACAGAAAACAAACGAUAUGCAGACACAGCAUUACCACACGGCCAUGCCAGAAGUAUUUCAGCACCUUCAGGAGCUCGACGAAAAGAGAAUAAAGAAUAUGCGAAACUACAUGUUGAAAUCGGUGGAGAUAGAACGAGCAGUAGCGCCGAUAAUUGCUCAAUGUUUAGACGGUAUCGAGAAAGCAGCGAACGAGAUUAACGAGAAGGAAGAUACAUUGUUGGUGAUCGAACGUUACAAGAGCGGUUUCCAACCUCCAGGAGACUUCCCGUUCGAAGAUCUUUCCGUGGCCAAAACGUACGAUAGUAAUAGUCAGUUAUCGCAACCGGUGAUGCAGCCUAUACACAAUCACCAUCUCACGGUAAAGGGUACCGUUUCCGGUGGUAAAAUUAAGAAGAGGGUCGGUCUAUUCGGCAUAUUCAGUAGCAAUAAGAAGUUGAUCGAGGUGUGCAUAGCUUUAAAGAACAACGUGCCUGGAUACGGUGACGGUGCAAAGGAGGACUGUAGCGAUCUGCCUCCGAAUCAGCGAAAGAAACGACUUCAACAAAGACUGGACGAAAUUCAAGCGAAGAUUCAACAAGAGACUGCAGCGAGGGACGGUUUGAUGAAGAUGAAAGGCGUGUACGAGCAAAAUCCUGCAUUGGGAGAUCCAAUGAGCAUAGAAGGACAACUGAACCAAUCGAGCAACAAGCUGGAUAAACUUGGAGCGGAGUUGGCAAAGUUUCAAGGCUAUCUCGAGGAAGCGAUGCGUGCUGGUGUCAGCCUAUCCAGCCCCAGUCAAGCACCACGGAAACCUACCAGCAACGGUUCUGCGACGAGGCCGUUGAGUUCAAGAAGAUCCAGUCAUUCGGGAGGCGAGGAGAGUCUUUCGAGAUCAGCCUCUGAUUCCAGCGUUAGCAACACGAAUGCCAACCAAUCGAUGCACAAAAAAAGUGCUCCCGGUACGCCGCAACCUACGCAUGGUUCCACGAAUAGCCCGGAAUCUGGCCUUGGGGAAUCGAGGACAUCUCUUCCUGGCAGCGGCGGCGAAGAGUAUUAUGUCGAUGAAAUUGACGCCCAACCACCAUUGGGAACAUGUAGAGCUCUUUAUCCUUUCGAUGCGACCAGCGAAGGUUCUAUACCAAUGUACGAUGGAGAAGAACUGUACAUGAUAGAAUUAGAUCAAGGGGAUGGUUGGACGCGUGUUCGUCGUAUAUCUCAACCGAUCGAGGGCUUUGUACCUACGUCUUACAUUGAGUGUCACCUUUAUAACACUUAGCCACUUCUCUUGGAACGUUGAACGAACCCGAAGUGAAGUUUGAACAAGGUUAUUAAACGCUAUCGUUUCAAUACAAGGCUUACAUUGAACGAUAUGAAAUAGCAAUCAUGAGAUUUUUAUAUAAUCGAAAGAGCUUACGUGUGUGUUGGUUGAUUGGCACACAGGAUUCCAGAUACUGCCUGGUCAAGUAAUGGGCCUAAAUGUUAAUGAACGAUUUCGUAUACAUAAAAAUCGAUACGUGCCAAUGUUUCGACCUUUUUCGAAAGAGCGUAUUAAACGUCAGAAAUUUAGUCAAUUAUCGCCCAGCACAUUUUCCCUCUGUUUUCUCAAUUAGCUUAUCGAACAAGGAAGAACAAAGUGGAAACGAAUUUCGUGUUUGAAAUCUAGCUCCAUUAAAAUGAAAUCUUAAACUCACUUAAUUAUUAAAUAGAAUAUUAAGAUCGUACAAUUACUUAGAACGAUAUCGUAUCUAACCAUUUAAAAAGAAUUUGUUCGUAUAGAUUCAGUGAUACGACACAAUUCUCCAAGGAAAACAAUGAAAAGCACCCUGAUCACUUUUGUAAAUGUGCCUCUGUAAAUGUACACGUGCACAAGUGAACGAGUUAAGACUUCAUCGAUGAAAGUAAUUUCCCAUCAACGUAAUAUGUGCCCCGCCUAUACACGUCACGGAUAAAGAUUGUGAUUGUUGUAACUGCACGAGUUUUGUGUAUUAUUUUUUGUUCAACUUGAUUGUAAAGCAGGCAACUCUCAUUCACGCUAUCUCUGCCGAUGAUCAAGAAACUGAUCAACCGUAGCAUUAUUAUAUUCUUUUUUAUGCAUAUAUACAGUACAUAUUAGGGAUGUGCAGAAUACCUAACAUUUCGGAUUUGAGUAAAGUAUAUACGGACUUCCGAGUAGUCCAAUUAUAUUCGAAUAAAGUUUCCAUUGAACAAACGAGAAAGGGAAAAACAUUCGUCGAUAAGAUAUUUAUAUCUAUACGGUUCAUAGCAGAGGCAUUUUUAUGGUGCUCGUUUGUUCAGUGGAAGCCUAACAUUCAGCAUUCAAAUGUGAUGAUUAUCUACUUCGGCCGAAUAUAAUCAAACUACUCGAGAGCUUCCACCAGAGCUCGUCCGACUUUCUUCGAUCAGAUACGACACAUUCGAUUACCCGCACACUCCUAAUAUAUACACGAAUAGGAACAAACUAAUGAAUUAUUUGUUUUAUCGUAUCAAUAUCGGUUUCUUGCUUCUGCUGACGAUAGGAAAAGCGAUGCCAUCACUUUACAAUUAGUGGGAGUCGUUAUUUGUAUCUUUUAUUGUUAUGUAAGUUUAUUAAUUGACGUGUUUGUUUUUAAAUACACAAGAGGAGGGUGAUUAGGUGGUGCUCUGUACAGCAAGUAGAUUCCGAAGAACGAUCGGCCAAGUUUUGUUUACGACGUUGCCUGGAUGUGAAUUUAGUUAGGAUAUAUUUGUGUACAUAUUUGCAAAGGACAUGGGAGAAGUAAUGAAGUGCGUGGUACGUGUGUGAGUGCCAGAUUCGAUGCGUCGCGCGAAGCAAUGAAUUUGUUUCCAUUCGUAGAAAAUAAGUACGAAAUGGUGGCGUUCAUUUUUCCCUUGAUAUUUUUUUUGAACGCCUUCAUUUCAGUAUCUUUUGGAAGGAACUCUUAGCUUCGCUGUUACAAAGCCUAGAUUCGUCCUAGAUUCAAUUGCGGUGUAUCGAACUCGUGUAGUCGUAUAUAUACUCGCGUAUUAAAAAUAUGUAUAUGUAUAUAUAUAUAAAAUUAUUAAUCACUCAUUAAAGUGUAGCUUUGGUAUAUAAGAUACGCAAGUAUGUGCAGGUAAACAAAAGUCAUUCGGCCCUCUCCUCUGGCGCAUCCGCCAAUCGAUAUAUCGUAAUUUCCCUUCGCUCCGAUAUACGAUUCUAUUGUAAGUUUCGCUCCGUUUCUCGAGCAAUCCGCUAACGCGUGCGGCGUCCUUCGCGACGCUUUUUAAUUUAUCUGUUAGUCGUGAGAGCAUCGAGGAGUUUCAGGUUUUUUGCGAGAAUCGUGAAUAUUUUCGCAUGCGUUUGUCGAUUUCAGCGAACAGUCGAUCUCGAUGUACGUUUCGCUUAAACUUCGAUCGCCGAUAGGCUGUAUCACUUUUUAAAAGUGAAAAGAGAAAAUUAUUAUAAAUAAUGAUAGAACAAAAGUAAAAAAGGAACGGUCCGUAUGUCUACCUUAAUUCUUAAUAUUAAACCGCGUCCAUUCUAUGUAUAUUUUGUGAUUUUAUAUCCAUGAGCAAGUAUUGUAGAUAAUUAACUCUGUGACUCAUUAUACGUUUAAUUAUUAUUAUUAAUAUUGAAAAAAUAUAGCUACUAAACCAA